UCCGACAGCGUCUCAUGACUUGCGGUUCUACAUUGAAGUUGGCGAGGUCUGUGCAUGGUUAUUCGCCAGUUCUGAAAAAUGUUGUAACGUUUAUUUCUUGUUUAUUUGUAGCGUUCUAAGAUCGUUCUUGUAUAAUUAAAUACGACGGGAAAGCUUUGAUCUUAACCAUUACAUUAGACCCGUCGUUGCACAUGUAUCGGUGUGUAACGUUAUCCAUUUUCGUCUUGCGUUUUACCUGGCAAUGGCAAUAUGUCCCCAUGAAAUGGAGAACAUUUAUUUUACAUAAAGGUGUUACGACUUUCUCUGUGAUUGUCUUUGUAAGGAUGCAUCACCUCAUCUUUGAUUAAGUUUUACGAAUGGAAGAAGAAACGCUAACACAGGGGCAGCGUUGUUAUGAUGAAGGGCUGUCCCAAACAAACGAAUCUGUGAUCCCUGAUUUAUUUGACUUUCUGCGUAUCGAUGUGGAGCUCGAACCUGUUGGUAGCGACAGAGAGGAAAACGCGUGUUCUAAAAAUGUCAUGCGAAAGCAGCGUAAUUGGGAGAGAAGAGUGGAGGUGAAGAAAAGCAAAAGAAAAGAGGAGAAGCAAAGAAAGAGGCUCAGUCGAAAUAAAGAUAUUAACGGACCGCAGCUUAGCAAGCGUGUCAUGAAAGCGAUUACAAAAGAGAGACUGGAGGAUGCCAGAGGUGCAGGACUGGUUCUGUGUGUGGACUUCAGCAUGACCGAUCACAUGUCACAUAAAAUGGAUGUGACAGAUGAGAGCUGGUUUCAUCUGUUCCCCACUGAGGAUGUGAUAUAUUUAACCCCAGACGCAAAUGAAGCUUUAGAACGUGUGGAUGAAGAUAAAGUGUAUAUUCUUGGUGGUUUAGUGGAUGAAAGCAUACAAAAGAAAAUAAGUUACAAAAGAGCGAAAGAGCUUGGAGUCCACACAGUGAGACUGCCUAUUGAUGAAUACAUGGUGAAGAAGUCCAACCCCAAAAACUUCCACUCCAAAAUUUUGGCAAUCAACCAAGUGUUUGAGGUCUUGCUGGCUUUUUGUGAGACCAAAGAUUGGACUACAGCUCUUGCUUCUGGUAUCCCACCUGGAAAGGGUUACGUGGUGACUUCACUGAUGUCCUCAGAGGUUGGACAAUGAUUGGCCCUCCAGAGCAGCAGGAAAUCAGUGACAUUCUUUGGUCACCCAGAGUUUGAGGCCAUGACCAAUGCAAAGUGACCAUGUUUGCACAGUAUAUUUAUUACAUAGUCACCGUAACUGUAUUACAGUAUGCCUGCCGUGUUUGUCAGGGUGGAGGUGUUACUUGAAUUGCUAAUAUUUAAAAUAUUUUGCUGUAUCUUUUGUUUACCAUUUUUACUUGAUUCUCAGGAAUAGUUUACAUACAAAAUGUCUAUUAACUCAACAUUUGUUGAGCGUUAAAUAAAGCUAUUGAAUCAUAACACUGAUGUUCUAAUGUCUU